GAAAGUUUUUUUGUUUCUAUUCUUAUUUUUAUGAUGUCCUGUUUUAUCAAUAUUGCUUUCUACUUACUUUGAAAAUCUUGUUUUAAAUAUCUUGAUCAGGAGAAUUUAAGAUGUUUAAGAUAUUAAUGAAGAUAAUAGCAGUGUCGAUUCUGAUAGAUAUUACAGAAUUAGCGUUAGCAUCUACAACAUUAUUUACCAACUUUUUGACUUGGAAUGAUGCUAAUCAGUAUUGUAAAAGUAUAGGACAACAUUUAGUGACAAUUGAUGAACCAGCGAAGCAGCAACUUCUACACGAAGCAUUGUUGGACAUAGAGGACAAUACUUCUAAUUUUGAAGGAGACAUUUGGAUAGGACUACAUGUUCCAGAUCUAAAUCAACCAACAAACCGUGUUUGGACAAAUGACUGCCUUGCAGCAAAUUCGUUUUCAAACUGGUCACCUGUAUUGAAUAGUGGCAAUGACAAUUUAUGCGCUUAUGUUGAAGUGGAAGACGAUGACAUGCAUUGGCUCUUAGCUGAUUGUGAAUCAGACACAAAAACAUUCAUAUGUGAAUCUGAUACAGCCAUUUUUCAGUCUGGAUUUUAUUAUGAAAUCGAAGGCGAUACAAGGGCACCUUUAGGAUUGUCUACUAUGGACACACAUGGGACGGAAGAAGUGUGCAUAAAUUAUUGCAAUGGUAUUGCAUUCUGCUGGGCUUUUUUAUUUCAACCUUCGAAAUCUUAUUGUGUGAUGUAUGCAAAGUAUGACGGACCUUAUUAUACAAAUAAUGACCAGAUUUUUGCUCCCGGUGAUCAUCUUUAUAUGAAGAGGAAUUUUUAAUUAAAUGAAGACCACAUUGUCUUGGUGGUGCCCCCAUAUGAUAAUUGUGGCUCUGUUGUGGUGAGUGAUUGUGUGUUAUGUGUGACAACAGAGGAUAAAACGACAACAGAAAAAGGAACAACUUCUUUUAUAGUUUCGUCUCUAGAUAAGACAACAGAAACAAUUAUACCACCAACAACCGUAAAUCACGAAACAUCUUCUUUAGAAUUUACAUCAUCAGAUAUUACAACAGUAGCAACAAUAUCCCCAAUAUCCCCAACAACUGAAAAUCACGUGUCAUCUGUUAUAGUAGUUACAUCGACAGUUUUUACAAAAACAAUACCACCAACAACGGAAGAUCACAUGACAUCAUCUUUAAAUGAUACAACGUCAGACUUGACAAUAACUACAUCUCCAACUACACACAAAGAACAAAGUAAAGGUAAAACACCACACUGUGUUUGCACAUGCAAUAAUGUAACCAAACAAAUUUCAUUGGAAGAAAGUAUUACCGAAAUAGUCAAUGACAUUAAAGUUGACAGUACUAAAACAUCUUCUUAUACGAGAAAACACACCUCUGCAUGGGAUUCACGAAAAUCUUCAGCAAAUAUUGGAUUUGUAGGCAUUACCCUAUUAAUUUCAGUUGCUUCCUUGCUUUUAUGUGUUGACAGUACUUCACUUAUCUACAGAGUUUUGUCAAUGCUGAGGAAACCUGAUACCAGUCUAAACGUUCACAAUGAAAAUGGGAGAUAAAACCAAACAUACAGAUGAC